ACCAAAGGCGUUUCAGGUCGGAACACACAUCUCGCAGGCCCCGCCUGUCCUGUGCAGCCAGUGGCACCGCCGGUAGCCUUGAAGCAUGACCAUGGCCCGCACCACAUCCCUCAUCGUCGCGGUGUCGCAGCUGAAGCCAUCCUCGGCGCUUCUGUUGGCGCUGAUUGUGUCGCUCGUCAUCAGUCCGGGCCGGUGUGCGAACCCGAACAUCACCCUGCUGGCCAUCGACAGCUCUGAUGGAGACCUACAAAAGUGAGUAAGAGAAAUACACAGCCAUCCAUACGUACCAGUAAGAGAAUAUAAUCGAUACGUACUUGUGUGUGUGUGUGUGUUUGUGUGUGUGUGUGUAGUCGCAUAUGGCCGCUCAUCGAGUCGGCAUUGGCAGACCUCAACAAUCGCACGGACGUCUUGCCGGGCCACCACCUGGUUCUCGAGCCCGUCAGGCCGGCCAAGUGCCAGAUCGGUGAGGGAGGUGCACAGUGUGCUGCACGGAGGCAGACAACAGACAGAGACCCGACACAAUUAGGGACACUUCACUGAAUGUCUGAUGGAUGGAUGGAUGGAUGUGUCUGUGCCGAUUGGUGACUGCAGAUAACGUGGCCAACGCGGCAGUGGCGGCCUUCAAGAAUGGGUGUGUGGGCUGGGCAGGGCAGGUGGUGACCUGCAUUGCAUGCCAUCCAUGUGUGGUCGGACGGACGUAUCCGUUGUGCUGCUGUUGUGUUUUGGCAUGUAUGUAUGCAGCCCGACCAAGGUUGGCGUCAUCGGCGACAACUGCCCGUACAAGACGAUUCAAAGGAUCGCUGCAGAAUUAUUGUGCUGUACGUCACUCACGUGCCUUUGUUUGUCCAUUGAUGCAGCGUGGGCUGUUCCGUCAUCAGCCCGAUAGCCCGAGCGCUCAAUGUGCUCGUCAAGGUGACCUGAAUGGAUUAUGGAUGGAUACCCCUUUAAUCCACCAGCCAUCCAGGCAUCCAUUUGUCCCUUCUUCCCUUCUUGCUUUCAGAGCCCCUACUGCGCCGACACGACUGUCUACCCCUACCUGACCAAGAUGCCACCCGACGCAAACAGUGUAAGUGUAAGUGUAGUGUUGGUUUGUCGUGCAUCGGUCGUUUGGUGUCCGUGCGUCACGCGUGUGUGUGUGUGUGUCAGAAAGUGGGUAUCGUCAAGGGUAUGGUCAGGACAUUCGCGUGGACCAGGUUCUUCUGGCUCGUCCAGGUGGGCCGGCCGAUGAAUGAGUAGACACACACACACACACACAUCCAUAUGGGUCAAUCCACGUAUAAUAUGUGUCAGGAGGAUCCCUUCAUGCUAGAGCUGGCAGCCAGCGUCAAAGCCUCCCUGGUCGAGUAUGACGACCACGACAUGGGCACCUGGACGGUCAAGGUAUCCACUGCUUGACUGCACCGCACCUAACGUGGUGGAAAUCUCUUGCCGAUGACCUACCCUUGUGUGUCUCCUUCACGUAUGCAGUCGCCAUCGCAAGUCGACGGGCUGAUAGACGAGCUGGUGCAGCAGCGGCCCCGCGUCAUCAUCACGGCGUGGUUCACCACACUGGGCUCCAACUUCAACUGCGCACUCGUCAGCCAGCCCAGCCAGCCAGCCCAGCCCCCAUGAGACACAAGAGACAUUAUCGACAUUCGCAUGCGCACUGUGCCCAAAUGUGUGCAGGCCAAGCGGGGUUAUUUCGCCAACAACACCCGUGUGGUGCUCAUCAGCCUACAGGCUCCCGGGGAUGCCACAGAGCAGACCGACUGCAGCCAAGCGCAGAUCGACAGUGUGCGUCCGUGUCUCCUUGGCGCGCUGGCCUGCUGUCUCUCUCUCUCUCUCUCUCUCUCUCUCUUUCCCCAUUCUCCCUCUCUGUGUGUGUGUGCGGGUGUGCGGGUGUCUGCAGGUGAUGCCCUUCUACCUGGACAUCGAUCCGGGUACCUGGCACUAUGGGGGGCCGCCACACGCGGUCUCUAACAGGACUGCUCGAGAGGUGAGAAGAACUGUGCGUCUCUGUGUCUGUCUGUGUGUGUGCUGGUUGACAGCCAGUGUGGUGUGUGAUGACGCCUGCAGGUGUACGACGAGUACGUGCUGUCGUGCAUCACGGCUGGCUCCGCCCGCUGCGCCACACAGGCCUCGGCAUUCUUCUACGACACCGUCUGGUGGGCAUGGUUGCAUCACAAACAGAUACACAUACACACAAAGAGAGACAGAGACAGAGACAGAGAGAGAAUGUAUGGUCACUCAUCAGGGAGUGGGCGCGAGUUCUCGAUGCAUGGUUCCGGGACGGAGGCACACUGCAGCAGCUGGUCUGUUGCCACGUGUGGGCUCAUGGAUGGAUGGAUGGAUGGAAGUGUGGAUGUCGGGUGCAGGAGGAGCCGACGAACAGCACGUUGGAAUGGCUGUGGCAAGAAAGCCUCAAGGCCGACUACUGGGGCGUGACCGGCUACGUGCGCUUCACACCUCGUACCGCCAGCAGGAUCGGCAGCUACUUCAUCGUCCAAACACAGGCAAGCAACUCACACGCCACUGAGGUCGCCUCGUCAGUCACGUCUCUCUGCGUGUGUCCCUUUUUAUGUGUGUGUAUGGGAAAAGGGCGCCACACGGGCGACGGUCAAGCUGGCAAAGUACACAGACGAUGGCGGCCUCCAGUGGGACGCGAGCGCCCCCGUCGUGUGGCCCGGCCCGGAGGGCAGAGUCACCUACCCCGGCCGACCACGCACAAGGCGGCGGAAAGAGGUCAGCGGCAUCAGUUCAAUUCCGCCCGACUGCCCGGCCGGACGAUACGUCAACACACUGGUACUCAGCCAUCCAUCCAUCCAUCCGUCCGUGAGACACAUGUCUGUCUGUCUGUGUGUGUGUGUGUUUUGUGUGUUGUGUGUUGUGUGUUGUGUGUCUGUGUCUGUGGCUGUGGUUGUAGGGUCAGUGUGUGGAGUGUGAUGUGGGGACGGUGAGCUCGGUCCCGAAUCAGCUCAGCUGUGUGCCGUGCCGUGAGGGGUUCUUCCAGAACUCGACGGGGCAGACCGACUGUGACGUCUGCCAGGUCAGGCGGGCGGUGUCAGUCAGGUUGUCUUAUCGAUCCUGCUUAGUUAGCUGCUGCCCAAAUGCUUCCUCGGUUGGCAGAUGGGGCACUUCUCCGGCAGCCAGGCCGCCGAAUGCACCCCCUGUAGGUCAGUGAGGAAGGAGACACACACACACAACACACACACACACACAGAGAGAGAGACACACAUCGACACAAUUCAUCCAUCCAUCCAUUCAUCCAUCCAUCCAUCCAUGUGUGUGUUGGGUGUGGUGUUGAUCGUCAGCCCAGGGUCGUACCAGGACCUGCCUGGCCAAUCGGAGUGCCAGUCCUGUCCCCCUGGCUCCUUCUCCCAGGCCGGGGGCGCCAGUGAGUGCGAUCUGUGCCCCUACGGCACCUUCCAGUCGGCGGCCAACUCGACCCACUGCCUCUCCUGCCCCGUCAGCAAGACGACCCUCAGCAGGGGCGAGCGUCAGAUGGGCAACUGCACCUGUGCGGAGGGGAGCUACCUGGACAUCAGCAGCAACAGAUGCACUUGUACGUGGGUAGGACAGCAGUCAGCCGACGACCGACAGCACAGCUAGCUGCCCAUCAUAUCAGCCACACAGCUGUUCAGGCUGCCAUGGAUUGAUGUGUGUGUGUGUGUGUGUGUUGGGUGGCGCAGCAUGUCACGGCCGCGAGGGCCUGCAAUGUCCCGGCUCGCAUUCGUAUGACCUGCCAUUGGUGGAGCGGGUGCGUCGCUUAUCGACCGAGACAAACACAGAGCGGUGAACGGUCCAUCCCCUUAAUUGUUCGUGUGUGUGUGAACGCAUCCGCUCAGAAUUACUGGGCGGCCGAGGUGAUUGACAAGUCGUCCUUCAGCGGCCUCGAGAUAUUCCGGUGCCUGGAGAUCGACGCCUGCCCUGGUACGGCAACCCACCGACAUAGUCAGUGGAUUGCAUGUGGUGCUGUUUGGCAGGUGGCAGCCCGGACCCCUUGCUGGCGGGUGUGAUGCCCAUGUGCGACGAAGGGCGAGAGGGCAUCUCGUGCUCGUAGGCUGGCCGGACUGGACUGACAGCAGGGGGGCUGGGCACGAGAGAAGGAGAGAAGCACGCCCCUCUCUCUUGUCUGUGUGGACUGGACGUACGUGUGGGUGUGUAGGUUGUGUGUGGAUGGGUACUACAAGACCAACAAGCAGUGCCGCAAGUGCGACAGCAGGCACGGCACGCCCCCCAUGCUCAUCACGGUGCUCCUGUUGCUGCUCGCGGGGGCGCUCUUCCACAUACUCGUCAACGCACCACAGACCAGAAAGGUCGGAGAUAUACAUAGGGCGAGGGAGGGAGAGGGAGUUUCUCUCUCUGUGUGUGUGUGUGUGCAGUUGGCAGUGACGCUGAACAUUUCGCUCACGCUGGGGAUGCUCGUCAACUUUAUGCAGAACCUCACCGUCGUACGCACACACAGAGACCAUCAACAGAGAGACAGAGAGAGAGACAGAGAGAGAGACAAUGGGUUAAGGUUGGCCGUGGUGUGUGUGGAUGUGUGUGUGUGUGUGUGUAUGUGUGUGCUGCACAGAUCGGCACCUUUACCAUUGCCUACCCGGAGUACGUCCACGUCCUCUUCGAGUUCACUUCUGUCUUCCGUACGUCACGCCAACACACACACACACCACACACCUUUGGUGACACGUGUGUGCAGUGCUGGACAUCCAGUGGAUUCGUACGGGCUGCAUCCUGGGCAAUGCCCCGGUGUUCGACUACGUCCUCAGGCAGAUCUUCCCUCUCUUUCUGGUAGCCAUCUUCCUCUCCCUGUGGGCCGUCUGCAAGGCUCUCAAACUCGCCGGAGUCAUUCCUGGUCAGCCACGCCACACACAACCAUCGCAUAGACGGAUGGAUGGAUGAAUGGAUGGAUGGACGCAGUGCCCACCGUCGAGGAAGGCCCCAGCGGUGUCUACGUCGGCAAGCGCUCCUCCCUCACCCGCUUCAUGUUUCGCAUGGUCAACAGGGAGAACCUUCGCGACGCACUGUCGGAGUUCGCCGAGAGCCGCCGACGGCAGGGAUACAUUGCCGGCAGCACAAGGGGCGAUGACAGAGAGAGUGUCCGGGGCAGUGUCCGGGACGACUCCACUGAGUGCCCUGAUAGCCCUGUCAGCCCGUUCAAGCGAGACACUGGGUCCAUCGAGGGCAGCACUUUGGCGAUGGUAAGCGACCUGCUGCAGCACACAGAGGCCGAUCAGCAACAGCAGCAGCAGCAGCAGCAGGGGGAUGACAUGACUGACCAGAAACAACAGUACCAGCCGGGCAAAGAGACGACGGGCUUUGACAAGGUAAGCCGAGAGAGAGAAGAUGGGACGGGAGGGGAGGCGAAGCAAGAUGGUUGGACUGUGUGUACCUCUCUGCUCACCAUCAGCAGCAGCAGCAGCGUAAGCAGCUGAGGAUCAGCCCUGCCGCGGCAGACAACACCACCGACGGCACGGGUGGCGGCCCCAAGAAGUCUCCGAAAAGGGGCUUGACAAGGGCGGUGACGGCCAUGAAGCUGCACGUCAAGGAAAUGAUCGAGUCCGACGUACGCAAGCAUGAUCCAUGGCAUACACGCGGCACCACCCACCUGUGUACAAACGCCUCUCUCUCUCUCUGUGUGUGUCCGUGUCUGGUAUGGUGCAUGCAGAUAACGAGUUUCGACAAGUUUCACAACAGCAUCGGGCUGAUGACACUCAUCCUAUACGUGUCAUUCGUCAACAAUGUCUGCAAAGCCUUCCAGGUGAAAAACUGACUGACGCCCAUAGAACCUUCCACUACACAGUCACCAGAUCGGUCAGCCCUUUGUGGCUGCGUAUGUAUGUGUGUGCAGUGCUACAUCCACCCGAGCGGCCGUCGGACUCUGCUGGCGUACCCGAGUGUGCUGUGCGAUAGCGACCAAUGGCGACACGUCUUUCUUCCACUCGGCCUGCUGGGGCUCUGUGUCUAUGUGGUUGGCCAGUCAGCUGGCACACUGAAAAGACAGCCGGCGGGAGGUGUCGAGAUGCUCUCUCUCUCUCUCUCUCUGUGUGUGUGUGUGUGUGUGGCUGUGGUUGUUGUGCAGAUCGGUGUGUAUGUGUUCUUUUCUUACACGUCCAUCAUGGCCCCAUUUCGGUUCCACAGCGCGUCCUUCAGGACACGAUUCAGAUUCCUCGUCUUUCGGUAGGUGAGCCCUUCCUUAGGCACCAACCACACACACACACACACACACAGCCGGCGGGUAUGCACUCUCUUUCUCUGUCUCUUUCUGGUUGCAGGUUUCGGCCCGAUGUGUACUGGUAUGUAUGUGUUUGCACGCAGGCCACUUCCGUGUCUCCUGCCUGAUGCCCUGCGUGCGUGGUGUGUGUGUGGGUGUGGGUGUGGGUGUGGGUGUGGGUGUGUGCAGGUGGGGGGCGUUGCUGAUGCUGAGGAAUCUGCUCAUCGCCACUGUCACCGCAAUGACGCCCAACGAUGGACAGUCAGCCAGCGAGACACCACACCACACACAGAGAGACCUGUGUAUUGGCGUGUUGGUGUCUUCGGUGCAGUGUCCAGGUUCUGGUGACGCUCACGAUCCUGAUCAUCUCCAUGGCCCUCCAGGCGAGCACUGCAACACCCACUCACACACACGCACUUUAUUACGUGGAUGUGUGUGACGUGCAGGCGUACUUCUGGCCGUGGUUCAGCACAGAGAACAACAGUGAGGCGGGGAGGGACGGAGGGAGAGAGGGAGGGAGGAAAGACACGGAGUGCCACUGUCUCAUGCUACAGAGAGCCACUUGAAUGAUUCUCGUGCAAGUCCUACUCUCUGUAUCUUGUGUCUGUAGUUCUGGACAUUAUGUUGCUGCUGGGGCUGGCCAUCAUGUGUGUGGCCGGCAGCUACUUCAUCGGACGCUCUGACGAAGUGGGCGAGUGGGAGACACAGAGAGAGAGGAGAUCGAGCGCCUUCCGACGGACUGAUGGAUGUCUGUCUGUCUGUGUGCUUUGCUUAGAAUGAGGCGUUCUUUGCGGCCGUGUUGGUGCUGACCAUCUUCCUGAGCGUCUUCUCUGUCGUCUUGUCGGUGGUGCUGCCCCUCCUCGUGGCCAGCCAUCCGACACUCAAGGACCGCCACCACAGGAGAAACAAAAAACUCGCACUCGACAUGAAAAUCGUCAGUCAGGGACACACAGACAGACAGACAGACAGACAGACACACAGACAGACAGAGAUGCACUCGUGAAUUAAGGCUGUCUGUCUUACAACAUGUGUGUGCUGCGCUAUAUAUAGCUGGGUUACUGCCUGUCCAACACGUCCCGGAAGGCUCUUGAGGCCGACAUCGCCGCCAUCCCAGCAUCAGACAAGUCCAAGCUGCACAGCACCAUAGAAAUGCUCAAGGUAUGCAAGCAUACCGGCAAGAGAGAGAGAGAGAGAGAGUGGCGUAUCCAUCUCACCAUGGUGUGGAUGCAGCUGGAGGUGGUUGAGCGGUCGGCAUACAUCAAGGCCCUCGAACACGUCUUCGGCAAAGGCGCGUGGGGCUGGGGAUGGAUGGAUGGAUGGUCCAUGCAGUGCCUUCGUUCGUUGCAUUGGAGUGUGCAGGCAGCGACACGAUCCCCGAGGAAGAAAUGCUCAAGGAGUUCGGCAUCGGAAUGCGAUUUAGCAAGUAACUCGGUGUCUCCCUCCCUCCCUCCCUCCCUCCCUGUCUCCCUGUCUCCCUCCCCCCCUCCCUGUCUCCCUGUCUGUCUGUCUCCCUGUCUGUCUGUCUGCCUUCACCUGUGUUGCAAUGUCUGCAGGCGUCUGUCCGUCAAGGAGACUGCCUUGAGUGAGGAGCUCGUCGCAUCAACCAUACAGAACUUCAUCCAAGAAAGGUAAUCUCGGGUCGGCCCUACCAAAAAGCGACAACAGUUUGAGUGCAUCCAUGUCUGCAGGCGCAGCUCCUUGGCUGUGUGUCCCGACCCGCAGCGGCCGGGCACCCGCCGCAGCUCCCUGCAGCUGAGCAUCCCGGAGCAGUACUCGGCUGAACAGCUCGAAGGCGGCGACCCCAACCAGCUCAGCCCACCGCAGGGUAGACGGACAAGCGGCUCCAGCAUGAGCAGCCCGUCUGUGCGGCUGAGUGUGCCUCGCGACCACCAAGAGACAGAGAACGACGUGGCCACAGACAAGGACUUAAGGUAGGAGUCGGCUGCGUACCGUCUGUGGGCGUCGUAGCUGUCUGUCUGUCUGCCUGUCUGCCUGCCUGCCUGCCUGUCUGUGUGUGUGUGUGUAGGUUUGCUGCUGAGGGUGCGUUCUCCCACCCUCCGCCCUAUGAUAGUGGAGAUGACGAUGGUGCUGAGGUGGCUGCUGAUGAUGCACUUGUAGGGAAACGCAGUAGCUUCCCCGUCGUGAGCUGGACGGAUGAGGACCUAGAAGGACAGAGAUGAUUGACAGGCGACCGAGAGAGGCCGACAGGCAGACAGACAGACAGAUAGACAGGGUCUUGGCUUGGGGUCUGUUUGAAGUGUCAGUGACGGUGGUGGGGUGGGGUGUAGGGAAGGGAAGGCUGCUUGCCCUGCUCAACAUAUAUACAUACAUGUGAGAACACCCGCCAGCCGGCCAUCCUGAUGGAUGGAUGGAUGCAGUCGUGUACGUCUUUCGGUGUCUCUGGGGAUGGAUGACGACCGAUGCAUCACAGACACACAGACAAGACACGAAGAAAGAAUUCUGUCCGUCCG